CCGCUCUACCCACCACGUGAUCCCCACCGCGCGCUCUGAUUGGUGGGCGGGAAAAUCCGCCAACCAAUGAGGGGGCGGCGGAGCGCUGUGGGCGGCGUCACGUGACCGGAAGCGAGCGGCGGGAGGAGCGCGUCGCCAUGACGUCGGCGCUGACGCAGGGGCUGGAGCGGCUCCCGGCUCAGGCCGGGUACCUCGUCAUCAGCGACGGAGCCGUGCUGGCGUCCUCGGGGGACCUGGAGAACGACGAGCACACGGCCACCGUCCUGCAGGGCUUGGUGGCCACGGCCUUGGGCCUUCGCUUGCCCAGGGGCCACGAGCCGCCCUUCCGGCGCCUCUCGGUGGUCUUUGGCGAGCACUCUCUCCUCGUCACCGUCUCGGGACAGAAACUCUUCGUGGUCAAGCGCCACCACCACGUCCAGGAGCCGGUGGCCGUGUGAAAAAUGUCCCCAAAUUGUCCCCAAAUUGUCCCCAAAUUGUCCCCAAACCCCCCCCUCCCCCACGUGGGGACAAUAAACGGCGUCCGAGGGCG